AUGAAGGCUACGAGCGAUGGUAUCAACUCCGUUGGCAUAAAAACGAAAUUCCAUUUCCAGUUUAUAACCACACCGACAUCAGAUACCCCCGGGACCAGUUUAAUGCUGAACUUUGAGACAAAAAGAUACGUUUUCGGAGAGAUAACUGAAGGAACUCAGAGGGCUUGCAUACAACGUGGAAUUGGGCUGCGGAAAGUUCGAGGUCUCUUCCUGUUAGGGAAGACGACCUGGAACAAUGCUGGCUUGAUUGGCUUGAUCCUCACUUUGGCCGAUGUACAGCACGGUGAAGUUGAGGCUGAAAGUUCCACAAGACGUCCAAGACUCCGAAUAUAUGGAGGUCCAAAACAACUUCAUUCACUAGCUUGUGCUCGAAGGUUUGUCUUCCGCACAGGGAUGCCGCUGUCAGUGUACGAGUAUGAUACCAGGAUUAGAAGCAUCGACCCCGAACCGAUCUUUGCGGAUGAAAACAUCCGAGUAUGGGCAAUUGCUGUGCAUAACGCCGCUCCUUCCUCUUCCGUUUCAAUGGAUCUUGAGAAUGAUGAUGGCUUGGAUUCCGACCUAGAAACCGAAUCACAAAAGAAUCCCGUCAAUCAGUCACAGGAGAAAGCAGAUCAAGAUUUGCGGAGAGCUAUCGUCAAUGACAUGUUCGACUCUGGUUGGAAAGUAGAUCGACUUGUUGAAUCCAAGCUCAAGGACAUCAGGCUACCGGCCGUGGUAUGGGUGAGGAAUCCAGAGACGAAAACCUUGACAUCCCACACGGUUUUCGACAUAAAUAAUAUCAACCCUUUGACUCCAGAAAGUGACAUCUUGGUUCGAAAUCCCUGGCCUGCUUCUACUGUUGAAGAGCUCCCCCAAGCAUCUUACCUUCCAGGGAGAGUGGCCAUGUCGUACAUUGCCAAAGGCCAUGCCCAACGUGGAGCAUUUAACCCGAAAAAAGCAACUAGCCUGGGUCUAAAACCUGGACCCAAAUUCAGGGAACUAACGGCGGGCAAUAGUGUUGAGACCGAUGAUGGAGCCACGAUAACUCCCGAGAUGGUUCUUGAACCAACAAGACCUGGGAAAGGAAUGGCUAUUUUUGAUAUUCCCUCCGUCGGCUACCUCGAAGAUCUUGAGCAGCAAAUUGAGAACCAAAAUGAGGGGCUUUUCGAAGGGGUGGAUUCCGCAGUUUGGAUGACUCGCGGCACCGUUUUACAGAGUCCACGCUUCCAGCGGCUACUGCAGAAAUUCAAGCACAUGAAACACGUUAUUUCAGACCCGAGCCUUUGCGACGACUAUAUCACGCACGACUCCAGCGCGUUGUCAUGUAUGCGAUUAUCCAACAUCGCACCAGAGUUCUUUUCUGUACCUCGAUACACCGGAGCCAACGAUCAUCACCCUUGUUCGAUAGCCACGACGACAUCCAAUCUCCAUCAGUUACUCAAUGUAUCUGAAAAUGAGAUUGACGUUGUGCCGGCUCAGAGAGGGCUCAAAAUCCAAAUUGUGCCCGACCUCGUUAUCGAUGAUCGGGAAGUCCCUGCGAACCUCGAUCCCAACAAAGCUGAGACAACCAUGGAACCGGCAGUCCGAGAGAGUUUACCAGAUGACACGUCGCCAUUCUGCAAAGACAUUCUAACUACAACAUCAAGUCUGGACUUGGACGAACCAGAAAUUAUCACUUUGGGAACCGGUUCUUCGGCACCGUCAAAGUAUCGCAAUGUUUCUGCCGUCCUUCUCCGGAUGCCAAAUGAGAUGGGAAACUAUCUUUUUGACUGUGGAGAAGGGACAAUGGGUCAAUUGAAAUGCUUAUAUUCUGGUGAGCAAUUGGAUCAGAUAUUGGCCAAUCUCAAGAUAAUUUGGAUAUCUCAUCUCCACGCAGACCAUCAUUUGGGUACAAUAUCUGUCCUUCGGGCCGCGUUUGAAGCUCGGAGAAGACUUGCAAAGGCCGGCAAGCUAUGUCCAUCCCCGCCGUGCCUAAUCUCUGAGAUCAACAUGAUGGAUUAUAUGGACGAAUACCAAUCGGUUCUCGAUAUCCCGACCGAAUCUCUAUGCACCCCUGUCGCCUGCCAUUGGAUCGAAGGGAUGACAGUGCGUGGUGAAAAGUUUGAUUUCACACAGACUGAUAUUCCCAUCACGGAACUAAAAACCGUCCGAGUCAACCAUUGUCAUGGAUCACAAGCCAUCUCAGUCACGUUUUCCAGUGGUUUCAAAUUUUCCUACAGCGGCGACUGUCGUCCGAGCGAAACAUUCUGCCAAAUCGGGGCGGAUUCUGAUGUUCUUGUGCACGAAGCUACGUUUGAUGACGGCAUGGAGGGUGAUGCUAUGGCGAAAAAGCACUGUACAACAGGCGAAGCUGUUGGUGUUGCACUGGAAAUGAGAGCGAAGAAUCUCAUUCUGACGCACUUCAGCCAACGGUAUCAAAAGAUACCAGUCAUCAGGAAUAUUAAAUUACCGGAUCGAACCUCCGAAGAAGACCUCAUCGAUGAUGUUGACGGUGAGAUGGCUACCGGAAAUGUGAGUGGAGGUUUUGAAUCGAACAAGACUCCUCCGGCAUCUGGUUCUUCAACUUGGAUCGAGCCCGAAUCAGCCCGUAAUCUCAGUAUCGGAUUCGCCUUCGACUUGAUGCGCAUCAAGGUGUCACAGAUCCAGUCGAUGAAGAAGAUCUUCCCAGCGAUCACGAAAAUGUUCGAGAUUGCUGAAGAGAAACGCGAAAAGGAGAGGUUAGAGAUUGCAGCUGCUCUUGAGGAGGACAACGCACGCAAGAGGACAGAAAAGAUGAACAGGCGGAGAAAACAGAAAUUAGACGAAUGGGAGCAGGCGAAGAAGCAAGAGCGAGAAAUGUGUGCCAAAAAAGAACCCAUCGAUGCAGCCGGCGCCAAUGAGACGCCGAAUUCUGAAAUUGAAGCUGAAGACAACACUGUAAAUGGAAACGGCAACGAGACUGCUUUGCCUGUCUCAAGGAAAAGGCGGAAGACAAAUAGUAUGGUUGAAUAA